AUGCAAUUAUGUUAUCCUCAUUAUUUAAGCGUCAUUGAACCUGAUUGCUAUGAUAAAAAUAUGUCAUCUACUAACAGCACAUAUAUCACCGAAUCUUCUAAUCGUAAGAAUAAUAAUGCUUUACUGGCUAAUAAUAUGCCCAAUAUCAUAGUCUCUAAACCGUUAUCUUUUGGUGAUAAGAUUGCUUUGAUGACAAAA